AUGUGGCUUUUAUGGAUUGGAGGGCUUUUAAACUGCCUUGUAGGGGCUGUACAUGGUGCGGAGGUAUGCUACGACAAGCUUGGCUGCUUUUCUGAUGAGAAUCCAUGGAGUGGCACUAUUGAAAGGCCCAUCGCACUCCUACCAUGGAGUCCCGAGAAGAUCAAUGCCCGCUUUAUACUUUUCACAAGGCAGAACCCUAAUUCCUUCCAGGAAAUCAGUACAAACGCAGACAUCAUCGCAGCAUCUAAAUAUCAAGCAACCAGAAAGACUCGUUUUAUAACCCACGGAUUUGUCGACAAAGGAGAUGAGAAUUGGCUUUUUGACAUGUGUAAGCUUUUGCUGAGCAUCGAGGAUAUAAACUGUAUUUGUGUGGACUGGAAAUCUGGAUCAAGAUCGCUGUACACACAGGCAGCAAAUAACAUUCGAGUCAUCGGAGCUCAGAUAGCUUAUAUGAUAUCCAUCUUUAAGGAAAAUUUCCAGCAGGAUCCUGAAAGUGUGCAUAUUAUUGGGCACAGCCUUGGUGCACACUUAGCUGCAGAGGCUGGUCGAAGGACACCAAGGCUGGGAAGAAUUACAGGUUUGGACCCAGCUGAACCUUAUUUCCAGGGCUGUCCUACUCUGGUAAGACUGGACUCCAGCGAUGCCCUGUUUGUUGAUGUCAUUCAUACAGAUGCUCUUCCCGUGAUCCCCUAUCUUGGAUUUGGUAUGUCUCAAGCAGUUGGACACCUUGACUUCUAUCCAAAUGGAGGGGAAAGCAUGCCUGGUUGUGAAAAGAAUGUAAUCUCACAAAUUGUGGACAUUGAUGGCAUUUGGGAAGGUACCCGUGACUUUGUUGCCUGCAAUCACCUGAGAUCCUACAAGUACUACAGUGACAGCAUCCUAAAUCCUGCAGGCUUUUUAGGAUACCCCUGCUCUAACCAAGAGAUGUUUGAAUCUGGUCAUUGCUUUCCAUGUUCCUCCAGUUCAUGUCCUUUCAUGGGUCACCAUUCUGACAAAUUUAAUGUAACCCAAGGAGUGGAUAAGAUGAAGUUUUAUCUGAACACAGGCGAUGCCCGGCCCUUCUCACGUUUUCGCUAUAGGGUGACAGUCACUAUUGAUGGCUCUCGAAGCAACUUAGGAUACUUCAAGGUGGCUUUAUAUGGUGUUAAUGGAAAUACUCGCCAGUAUCAGAUUUACAAAGGCACGUUGUCACCUGGUCGUACCUAUGAGCUCCUCAUAGAUGUUGAAAAGGAAGUUGAUGAGUUGACAUUUGUAAAGUUUAUAUGGAACAACAAAGUAUUAAACCCUUUGCUGCCCAAGUUUGGUGCCACUAACAUAGUAGUGCAGAGAGGACGGGACCGGAAAAUGUUCAAGUUCUGUGGAAAAGAUUUGGUGCGAGAGAAUGUUCUUCAGACCCUGUCGCCCUGCCAGUGAUGUAAAUUCAGAUAAUCACAAUUUUUAGAUAUAACAUCUCAAUAAAGCAUUAUCUCAUUA